AUGGUCGUGUACUACACGCGCAAGUACUCGAGCGUCCUCGACAAGGUCGGAUGGCGCCGGUCUUUUAUCGCUCUCGAGGUUCACCCCGACGUCGGCGUCCUUGUCGUCCUCAACACUAAUGCCCACUACCCACUCGACACGAUUGUUCGUGUUCAAUGGCACACCAAUCUGAAGGCACUGAUCGAGCUUCCGGAAGACGACAGGCUCUGCGUCAAGUUUGAGACGCCGGACGCGCUCAAAGCCUUUCUCUUUCACCUGAGCGUGUGCCCAGAGACCGACUCGCGGGGCAACAUCGCGCCAGGCAUCUACGUCAACCCGGCCUUGGGCCACAGCAAGCACGAAGCCGCCCUCGCUACCCUCGUUCUCGGCUCGAUGCGGUCCUGGAAAGCCCACCGGCUUGGUCGAAAAGACCGCAGCGGAAGCCACACGUCGGCCUCGAGUCGCACGAGCAACCCGGGCUGGGUGGUGGCGUGAUGACCGUCCAUUUUCUUCCGCCG